AUGGCCUUUCCAGCUUCCCUGGCUGAGAUCCAAGCAGAGGCCAGCUGCCCUCUCUGUCUGGAUUACCUGAAAGACCCAGUCACCCUUGACUGUGGGCACAACUUCUGCAGCUCCUGCAUCCACCAGCGCUGGGAAGAUUUACAGUGUAUGAUGCCAUGUCCUAUCUGCUUCCAUGAAUGCUCUGGUAAGAAUUUCAAGAGGAAUUCCCAGUUAUGUCACAUUACUGAUAUCAUUAAGCAUCUUCCCAUAGAAAACAAUAAAAGGAAACGGCAGGAAAAGAAACUUCUGUGUGAGAAUCACAAUGAGGUCCUAGACAUAUUCUGUGAGGAGGACUUAGAGCUCUUGUGCCCUCGGUGUGCCUCCUCUGACCACCAGGAUCACCACCUGAUCUGCAUUAAGGAAGCUGCGCUGAGUCAAAGAAAGAAGCUGAAAAGGUGCUUGGAAGGUCUGAGUCAACGGCUCGAUGAUGCUAAGAAGGGGUGUGAAAAUCAACUUACAAAAUGCUUGGAAGGGAGGUGGAAGAUAGAAGAUUGGAAAGAACAAUUACACCCUGAAUUUGAGCUAUUUAACAUUUACUUAAAACAAGAGCACAUUUUAAUUCAAAUCAGAUUACUUGAUGCAGAGAAAAAUAUGGAACAAAAACUAAUUCAAAACAAGAGUCAAAUUUUUAACCAUAUGAACACACUUAAAAAACUUUUAAGUAAAAUAAUGAAAUGUUUGCAGUCUGACCAUUAUUUACUAGAAAAUUUUAAGGACAUUCAAAGUCGAUAUGAAAACCAACCAUCCCUCAUGGUCUUUACAUAUGAAUUCGAGACAAACAGCAACACUAUUCUUCCACAUUAUUUUGGUCUGCACAAAAUGAUCAGAACGUUCCAGGAAAAUUUAACACUAGAUCCUCAAACUGCCCAUCCAAAUCUUAUUAUCUCAGAAGACAGAAAAAGUGUGACAAUUAAUACAAGUCUACCACUCUUCCUUGACGAUCCCCGGAUAAUGAUUCCUUACCCAGCUGUGCUCUGCCAUGAGGACUUUGGUAGCGGCAGACAUUUUUGGCAGAUAGAAAUAAAAGGCAGAGGUGAAUGUUCGGUAGGAAUGUGUACAAAAUCCUUCAUAGAUAAACAAUCACCAGUCUCUGAAGAUGUCUUCUGGCAACUUGAUCUAACUUUGAAACUCAGUGAUACCCAUGAACAAACAGAACAAGUUGAGAGAAUUGGUAUUUUUCUAGAUUAUGAGUUGGGAGAACUUUCUUUUUAUAAUUUAAAGUGCAGGUCAUAUAUGCAUAGGAUUACUGGUACACUCACAGAGAAAGUAAUGCCAUUUUUUGCUAUUGGACCUUUUUCAAAGUCUCUUACAAUUCGUAUGGUUACAGAACAAUGA